AUAAAAAAUUACCCAGAAAAAAUAAAUUUAUUUAUUGCUAUUUUUACUAGCUGAGCUCCCCUAUAUACUACAAAUUUAAUACAAUUGUCUGAGUUAGAGGAGAGAGAAAAUUUGUAAAAAGCAGAGUACUAGCUAGCUGUGUUGUGUGAUAAUAACCCAGAAAUUUUGCAGAGCUGAAAAACUAGUCUUUUUCUUCUUUUUAAUUAUACAGUGACUACUUCCUUUUAUCAUAAUUUUCUCUUUCUAUCCCUACAAAAUUUAAUUGGGAACUGGGUAGAUUUGAAGAGGAGGAAAUGCAAUGUACAUUGUGUUUAAAUGGGGAUUUUUGUUUGUUGUUUUAUGAGAGAGAAUUUCCCAAUUGAUUAUAUUGGCAACUUCUUCGUGAUUCUUCUUCUUCUUAACUCUGUUUUCACUCUUUCUCUCUCUCAAAGUAGAAAAACCCAGUUGAUAAACUGUUGAUUCAAAUUCAUUUUUCCCAGAGUUCUGUUGUUUUUUUAGUGGGUAUUUUAAAAAAAGCUCAAAAAAUGGUGGGAUUUUUUCUGGGUAGAAAUGGUUGAUUGAGCUUGACAAAACCCAGAAAAUUGUGGAAUUUUUAGUGGGUUUUUUUUAAAGUAAUUUUGCGAAAAAAAAAGUGAAAAAUGGAGGUGGGAUUUUUCUGUGGGUUCCAACAAUGGCGGCAUUGUCUUCCAGCUUGGGUUUUUCUAACUUCUCUUCUACUCUGUUGUUUGGGUUCUGUGAAUUCUGACGAUGGUGCAACACUGUUGGAGAUUAAGAAGUCAAUUAGGGAUGUAGAUAAUGUUUUAUAUGACUGGUCAGAUUCACCAUCAUCAGAUUACUGUGUAUGGAGAGGGGUCACCUGUGACAAUGCCACCUUCAACAUCGUCGCCUUGAAUAUUUCAGGGCUAAAUCUUGAUGGAGAGAUUUCACCGGCUAUUGGAGAUCUUAAAAGCUUGCUAUCAAUUGAUCUUAGUCGAAACAGGCUAUCAGGACAAAUACCCGAUGAGAUCGGUGAUUGCUCUUCAUUGACAUACUUGGACUUGUCAUUCAAUGAGCUUUAUGGAGAUAUACCAUUUUCAUUAUCAAAGUUGAAGCAAUUGGAAGAAUUGAUUUUGAAGAAUAAUCAAUUGACAGGCCCAAUCCCAUCCACCCUCUCGCAGAUUCCAAAUUUGAAACUCUUAGACCUGGCCCAGAACUCUUUGACAGGGGAAAUUCCCAGGCUUAUAUAUUGGAAUGAGGUUUUGCAAUAUCUUGGGCUUCGAGGCAACAAUCUGGGCGGAUCACUCUCACCUGAUAUGUGCCAGCUAACUGGGUUGUGGUACUUUGAUGUUAGAAACAACAGUUUGACAGGAACUAUCCCCCAGAGUAUAGGCAAUUGUACUGCCUUCCAAGUAUUGGACCUGUCAUACAAUCAGCUUACUGGGGAGAUUCCAUUCAACAUAGGGUUUUUGCAAGUUGCAACUUUGUCUUUGCAAGGAAAUCUACUUUCGGGGGAAAUUCCUUCUGUUAUUGGCUUGAUGCAGGCACUUGCAGUGUUAGAUUUAAGCUUCAAUCAUUUGACUGGGACAAUCCCUCCAAUAUUGGGAAAUCUGAGCUAUACUGAGAAACUAUAUUUGCAUAGUAACAAGUUAACUGGUUCAAUACCUGCGGAGCUAGGAAAUAUGACUAAACUUCAUUACUUAGAACUAAAUGAUAACAAGCUCUCUGGACACAUUCCUCCAGAGUUGGGGAAGCUUACAGACUUGUUUGACCUGAAUAUUGCCAACAACAAACUCGAAGGACCCAUUCCUGGCAACCUUAGUUCUUGUGCUAAUCUCAAUAGCCUUAAUCUGCAUGGCAACAAGCUAAAUGGAACAAUCCCAGCUGCCUUCCAAAGGCUGGAGAGUAUGACAUACUUGAACCUUUCAUCCAACAAGUUAAAAGGACCCAUUCCACUUGAGAUCUCUAAAAUGGGGAAUCUUGAUACGCUGGACCUUUCUGACAACAUAAUCAGUGGAUCCAUUCCGUCACCUCUUGGGGACUUGGAGCAUCUUCUUAAGUUGAACUUGAGCAGAAACCAUAUAGGUGGAUUUAUACCAGCUGAGUUUGGAAAUCUCAGGAGUAUUGUGGACAUAGAUCUUUCUAGUAACCAUAUUGCUGGUACCAUCCCACAAGAGUUGGGUCAGCUGCAGAAUUUGUUCUCACUGAGUUUGGAAUAUAACAAUUUGUCUGGAGAUGUGAUGUCACUGAUGAAUUGUCUCAGCCUUGCCACUUUAAAUGUGUCGUACAAUGACUUAGUCGGUGACAUUCCUACAAGUAACAAUUUUUCAAGAUUCUCACCAAAUAGCUUCAUCGGAAACCCUAAUCUAUGUGGAUACUGGCGUGGUUCAGGUUGUCAUGAUCCCCCUACUGCUAGCAAAGUUUCUAUACCAAAGGCAGCCAUAUUGGGGAUUGCUUUGGGCGCACUUGUGAUUCUUUUAAUGAUUCUAGUUGCAGCUUGCCGUCCUCAAAAACCGGCUCCAUUUUUUGAUGGUUCGAUGGAGAAACCAGCUGUGGUCAGUUAUUCUUCACCAAAGCUAGUGAUCCUUCACAUGAACAUGGCACUUCAUGUAUAUGAUGACAUCAUGAGGAUGACAGAGAACCUGAGUGAAAAAUACAUCAUUGGCUAUGGAGCCUCCAGUACUGUGUACAAGUGUGUGCUGAAGAACUGCAAACCCGUGGCUAUCAAAAAGCUUUACUCCCACUACCCUCAAUCUUUAAAAGAAUUUGAGACAGAGCUUGAGACAGUUGGGAGUAUAAAGCAUCGGAACCUGGUUAGCUUGCAGGGAUACUCCCUUUCCCCAUCUGGAAACCUACUUUUCUACGAUUACAUGGAUAAUGGGAGUCUCUGGGACCUUCUUCAUGGGCACGCAAAGAAGAAAAAGCUGGACUGGGAUACUCGUCUUAGAAUAGCAUUGGGAGCUGCUCAGGGGCUUGCAUACCUUCAUCAUGACUGCAGCCCACGUAUAAUCCAUAGGGAUGUGAAGUCAUCUAACAUCUUACUUGACAAGGACUUAGAACCACAUCUCACCGACUUUGGUAUUGCCAAGAGUGUAUGCGCCUCAAAGUCCCACACAUCAACCUAUGUGAUGGGCACGAUUGGAUACAUAGACCCUGAGUAUGCUCGCACUUCACGGCUCACGGAGAAGUCUGAUGUUUACAGCUAUGGGAUUGUUCUGCUUGAGUUGCUGACUGGAAGAAAAGCUGUGGACAAUGAAUCAAAUCUGCAUCACCUGAUCUUAUCCAAGGCAGCAAAUAAUGCAGUCAUGGAAACUGUUGAUCCAGAGAUCACAGCCACAUGCAAAGAUGUUGGAGUUGUUAAGAAGGUUUUCCAACUCGCGCUCCUCUGCACCAAGAAACAGCCCGGUGAUCGCCCCACAAUGCAUGAAGUAACCCGUGUGCUCACAAGCUUCGUUCCAGAAACGCCAGUCAAACAAGCAGCACUUAACCCAUUACCUCCUCUCCCACCAUCGCAGAUGCCCUUGUACAUGAACGAGUAUGCUAACCUCAAAGCUCCGCACAUGGUCAACUGCCCUACAAUGAGCACCUCAGAUGCCCAACUUUUCCUCAAAUUUGGCGAAGUAAUCUCCCAGAACAGUGAUUAAAUAUAUAUUAGUACUAAUAUUAAAACUAGACCAGAAAAAAAACAACGAAAUGUGUAUAUUUUGGUACCAAUUAUUGCAAGCUAGGAAUUAUCAAGAGAUUUAGUAGUACUUUGUAGGAGAAAUAUCAGAUAUCUUAAAUUUUCACCAUGUGGUGUAAAAAACUGUAAAAAAAGGAAACAUUUAGAGAUACCAUACCAACUGAUGGUAGUUUUUGUAGUACUCCCUAGUUUGAAAUUGAAUAUAUGUGGGGUCUCUAUUCUGCUAAA